GCGCGGGGUCUCCAAUCUGCCAUUUUUUGUCCCUGAGUAAGUCUCUGGCGUCCCAAAUUCCCUCUGUUUUUUUCACAGGCUCUAUUCCGUCCGCUGGUCCACCACCUCAGGGGAACGAUGGCCGCAGAGUCCACAGCCACUGCCGCCAUCGCCGCGGAGCUGGUUUCCGCCGAAAAAAUUGAAGAAGAUGCUCCUGCUCCUUCUACCUCUGCAGAUAAAGUGGAGAGUCUGGAUGUGGAUAGUGAAGCUAAGAAACUAUUGGGUUUAGGACAGAAACAUCUGGUGAUGGGGGAUAUUCCAGCAGCUGUCAAUGCCUUCCAGGAAGCAGCUAGUCUUUUAGGUAAGAAGUAUGGAGAGACAGCUAAUGAGUGUGGAGAAGCCUUCUUUUUCUAUGGGAAAUCGCUUCUGGAGUUGGCAAGAAUGGAGAAUGGUGUGUUGGGAAAUGCCCUGGAAGGUGUGCAUGUGGAAGAGGAGGAAGGAGAAAAAGCAGAAGAAGAAUCUCUGGUAGAAAAUAAUGAUAACAUAGAUGAGGAAGCAAGGGAAGAGUUGAGAGAACAGGUUUAUGACGCCAUGGGAGAAAAAGAAGCCAAAAAAACAGAAGACAAUUCUCUGGUAAAGCCCGAAAUGGAUGAAGAACAAGAGACUGAAAUGGAGAAGGGUAGAAGAGAAGAUAUGGAUGUAAGUGAGCCUGCAGAGGAACUACAGGAAAGAGCUGAAUCAACUUCAGAUCAGUUACCUGAAACCACUGAAGAGGCAAAAGGAGCAGCAGCACCAGAAGGACUGAAUGAAGACGAAGUCACUUCUGAGAAGCCAGAACAGGAAGUACCAGAUGCUGAGGAAGGAAAAUCAGUUACUGGAACUGAUGUCCACGAAGAGUGCAGAGUCAAAGGGGGUCAGGGAAAAGUAAUUGUGAGCAUAAAGGAGGAGAAGCCAAAAGAAGCUUCAGAAGAGCAGCCUGUUGUGACUCUAGAAAAGCAGGGCACUGCAGUGGAGAUAGAAGCAGUCAAGCCAGUGGAUGUGGGUGGGGAUGAGCCAAAGGAGCAGGUAGCUGCUGCCUCUGAAGAUGAGCCAGGAAAGGCUGCUCUUGAGCAGUUGAUAGGGCAAGAGUUGCCUCCUGUUGAAGAGGCUGCAGAGGCCUCAGCUGCAGAAGCUGGAUCAGAAGUUUCUGAGAAGCCUGGGCAGGAGACCACAGUUUUCCCUAAGGGUGGUGCAGUCAAUGGACUGUCAGCUGCAGGGGAUCAUACUCCCACUGAACCACAGACUAAUGCAGAAGGACUGACAGAAAUAGAAGAUGGCCCAGGAUUAGAGGAGAAUGUCAGGGCAGAGUUGGUUCCUAGCCAGGAGGAGACUAAGCUGUCUAUAGAAGAAUCUGAGGCAGCUGGAGAUGGGGUUAAGACUGAGGUAGCCCAGGGGGCUACUGAGAAAUCCCCUGAAGACACAGUUAAGAUAGCUGCUAAUGAAGAAACACAAGAGAAAGAAGAACAGAUGAAAGAGGGUGAAGAAACCGAGGGCUCAGAAGAGGAAGAUAAAGAAAAUGACAAGGCUGAAGAAACACCAAAUGAUUCAGUUCUUGAAAACAAGUCUCUUCAAGAAAAUGAAGAGGAGGAGAUUGGGAACCUAGAGCUUGCCUGGGAUAUGCUGGAUUUAGCAAAGAUCAUUUUUAAAAGGCAAGACACGAAAGAAGCUCAGCUUUAUGCUGCACAGGCACAUCUUAAACUUGGAGAAGUUAGUGUUGAAUCUGAGAAUUACGUCCAAGCUGUGGAGGAGUUCCAGGCUUGCCUAAACCUGCAGGAGCAGUACCUGGAAGCCCAUGAUCGUCUCCUUGCAGAGACCCACUACCAGCUGGGCUUGGCCUAUGGGUACAACUCUCAGUAUGAUGAGGCAGUGGCACAGUUUAGCAAAUCUAUUGAAGUCAUUGAGAAGAGAAUGGCCGUACUGAAUGAGCAGAUGAAGGAAACUGAGGGAUCAUCUACUGAAUAUGAGAAAGAAAUUGAGGAGCUGAAGGAACUGCUACCUGAAAUUAGAGAGAAGAUAGAAGAUGCAAAGGAGUCCCAGCAUAGUGGGAAUGUUGCUGAAUUGGCUCUGAAAGCAACUCUGGUGGAGAGCUCUACUUCAGGUUUCACUCCUAGUGGAGGGGGCUCGUCAGUCUCCAUGGUGGGUAUGCAGAUUGCUAGUAGAAAGCCAACAGAUGGUGCUUCCUCGUCAAAUUGUGUAACUGAUAUUUCCCACCUUGUCAGAAAGAAGGCUGAGAAUCAGGCUGAAAGCCGGGCAGCAGUGGAGGGGACAGUGGAGGCCGGAGCUACAGUUGAAGGUGCUGCAUGUUAAGAGAGGGAGCAGCCUUCCUCCCAAGGGAAAGUGUUUUUGUAUAUAAUGUAUUUUUUCACUUUUGGGGGAUUCUUUUUGUAUAACUUCAAUAAAGACUGUAAGCAAAGGUUGAGGCUUUGAUGAUUUUUUUUCCCCUUAAAUACUGGCUAAAUCUGUGCCUUGGAGCACUCUGGGUUUUAUAUAGUGGCCAAAGGUUUUUUGUCUCCCCUCCCCUCCCUUCUGUACUGAUCUCUGUAUUGGAAGUUCUAAUCCAAAUUCCUAUCUGUCUGAUGUGGAGGUGAUCAAAUCAAGUGUGGCUGUAGGCCCUUUGUCUUCCAGUUGGUGCUAUAUUUUUGCCAUUAUACUCAACUGAAAAAAAAAAUACUCAACUGAACCCAGCUGUCUUGCAAACUUUUUGAGUGGUGCUGUCCCUGGAUGGGGGCUACAAAAACUUGCUCCUUGGUGCUACUAUUGAUGGACUUUGACUGUGAGAUGGUAAAAGCUUCCAAGCCAGGCUUUGGAUGGCACCUGUCUUUUAUCCAUUUGUUCCCCAACUGGGGCCAUAAUCCUGUCCUGGAAAAAGAACUCUGAAGAAAAUUUGGGGCAGGGGAAGGGGGAGAAAUCCUUGAAGAAAACUGUUAAUUGUAGAGAAUUGAACUUCCUAGUUUGAAAGCGGCUAAGGGACUGACUGUGAUGGACACUUUGGAUGUGGCUGGAAGAAUCUGUGGGGAGACUGGUUUGUUGAGUUACAUAUUUGUUAUAUUUCAACCUUUCUGUACAGAAAAUAUUAACACUUGGAAUUGUUACCUGUCUGCAGUUUUGAUUUCUUAAAUAAAAAUGCUAAAAAA